AUGUUCGAAGCUCGAGUGAUCAAGGUCAGUGGUAUUGGCGUGGAAAUAACACAGGCGAGAGCUAAUACGUUGGAGGAUGGCUCUCUGUUGUACGUCGACGCUCGCAUGUGGAGUCAACUUACCUGCUCUUGCAGGAGUCAAGUUGUAAUCAAAGGCACUCAGUUUUACGACAGCGCAAAGCGAUCCUUUGUCGAUCUCUCGGUUUUGGAUGUAUUGCAAGUGUUUGGUCGUGCUUUCCAGCCUUGUUUCGAGGCAAGUGGUGAAGGAUACAUUUGCACUGCUGAGGACAAACUCAUGCACUAUCUUAAUGCUGUAACAUCACAGAACCCGAUUGAAUCUCAUGUGUCCUUGACGUUAGUCGACGUUCAACAACAGUUCGACCAAAUCCAAGUGAGAGUGUCAGAAGUGAAGGAACUAGACCUUCUGAUGAACGCCAAGGGAGGAAAGGAUACAAGCCAAGGCAAAGCCAACAUUCUCCUUCAAAGCUGCAUUUCUCGCCUUCCAGUCGAAGAUUUUGCCUUGAUUUCUGACGCAGCAUAUGCAGCGCAGAAUGGAGGACACAAAGGUUUUCAUGGGCAAUUUAAUCUCAAAGCCGAGAUCAUAUACGGCUUGGAGAAUUCAAGAGAAGAGUACCCGCCCGCAGAACUAGUUUCCAUGCUCCAGUAG